AUGGAAUCGGAAGAGCACCACCAAGUCGCAGGAUUCGCGAGCGGCAUUGGCGUCCCUGUUUCUGGGGAUGUCCCUGUCGCUGAUGCUUGUGGGGUCGGUCACUUUCCUGGUUGGGUUGUUGUUGCUGCCUUGGGUCACUCUUCUGCUGCUGCUCUCCUACGUCGCUGCACUUCUCUCCAACUUGUUCGUACGAAGCCAUUACAUGCAGCUGAAGCUAUAGUUGGUGUCAUGAUAAUCUGGUUGCUGAGAUUUGAUGACAGCAAGGUGGUGGAUGAUUUAUCCACUACCAAUGUGAACAUUAAUGGCAAUAAGGAAGAUGGCCAUGAAGCCAAAGAAGAGAAGGGAAUGAACAAAGAUGGAGAUGCCACUUGUUUGGAAAUUGCAGAAAUCCACUGGCCUUCCUUUGCCAGGAAGCUGGAAGAGGUUUUGGUAAAAGCAGACAACAUAAAGUUCAAGGAAGGGAAGUGGGAGAAAUUGAGGUUGAAAGAUGGGACAAAUGGAGUGGCUUGGCUUGGAUCAGAAUCGGCAGAGUCAGAUGGCGACGAUUCCUUGAAAGUCACUUCCCCGCCUCGUGGCAUCACACUAUUAUAG